AUGCCUUCAAGCCUGAAAACCCCCCACACCACCACCAUGGUGGAAAACUCGCCGCUGUUUCCGGCCCACUUUUCGCACGAGGCCAAAGACAUCUCGUCGAGCGGCUCGGUGGCCAUCGGCAUCGUACUGGCGGAAAAAAACCUGUUUGUGCACGGGUUUGACCACCACGAGCAGGAGCAGCAGCCACCGGCGCUGCUGCGAGGCAGUCUCAUUGUUAAGGUGGCCAAGUCGACGAAAAUCAAAAGCAUCAACCUGUCGUUCCGUGGCAUUGCCCGCACGGAGUGGCCCGAGGGCAUUCCGCCGAAAAAAGUCGACACGUUUGAGCAGAAAGACCUGCAUAGCCACGUGUGGCCAUUUUUCAACUCCUCCUUCCCCAUGGCAGAGUUCUCUUCCGGCGCACACAUUGUGCGGUCCAACCAUCUCCACGACCACCCGCUGACUCGAACCAACACCCAUGGCAGCACCACCAGUCUGCACGAGCUCGACGAGUCUCAUGACGAAGACGACCAUCACGAGACCCAUAUCAUCAAGGGGUUGGCCAACAAGCUGCGGCGGGCGGCGUCGCCCAGUCCCGUUUUCCGGUCGCGGAGCAAAUCGCCUUCCCGGGCUUCCAAGGAAAUGUCACGUGCGAAAACGGACUCGGUCGAUCUUCCGCGGACCAACACCUCCAGCUCCACGGCGUCCACCACCUCGGAGCCCACCGAAAAGGACGUCCAUACAAAGGGGUAUCGUCUGUUCCCUCCGGGAGAGUACGUGUACAAUUUUGAGCUCCCCAUUCAGGCCAGUUUACCCGAGACGAUUUCGGCGGCGUUUGGGUCGGUGUCGUAUACGCUGGAGGCGUCGAUCGAGCGUCCCGGCGCGUUCCGGUCGAAUCUGGUGGGCAAAAAGGAGGUUCGGUUGAUCCGUGCGCCGGCAGACCAAUCGCAGGAGGUUACGGAGCCGAUUGUCAUUUCGCGGCAUUGGGAAGACCAGUUGCAUUAUGACAUUGUUAUUGGUGGCAAGAGCAUUCCCAUCGGCACGAAAAUGCAGGUGGCAUUCAAACUGACGCCGUUAGCCAAGGUCCGGUGCCAUCGGAUCCGAAUCUACAUCUCCGAAAACAUUGACUACUACUGUCGCAAGAUGAAGAUUCAUCGGGUCGAGCCGGCGCGAAAGUACCUGGUGUUUGAACACAAGCCCGACGGCGGCAUCCAGGACUCGUUGUUGCCGAAUCUCGACGGCGUCCAGGAGUUGAUGGCUGGAGGAGCCACCGAGCUGGAGUUUGACGUGGUGAUUCCUGAAAAGGUUGGUCGGGACAAGAAGGAGCGACUGCAUCCCAACACGUCGUUCAAAAACAUCAAGGUCCAUCAUUGGAUCAAGGUAGUGAUGCGACUGAGUAAAAUAGACCCGGAUAACCCUGAAAAACGCAAGCAUUUCGAAAUCUCCAUCGAUUCGCCGUUCCAUCUGCUCGACUCGCGAUGCACCGGUGCCAACGUCUCUCUUCCCGCCUACCCGGCCGGACGAAGACCCAGCCGGCCCAUUUCCGUGGUUGCCAGUGAUGCUCCUCGACCCAUUCACUUUAUCCGACAGCCGUCGAUUGCACCACCGCCGUUUGACGCUGAUGAAGCGCCUCCUCAGCUGGCAGAACCGCCAUCUUACGACACCGCCGACGGAGGAACGUACCAGGAGCGAUUCAGCCAGUACCAGCGGUCACGUGGGCGCCAAGCAUCGACGGUGAGUCUGACUCCGUCGCAGGCGCCGUCAAUGGACCUUUCGCAGUCCCGUGACUUUAGCAAUUCUGGGUUUGGUGGCUCGUCGGCUUCUUCGAUCGCCAAUCCUCGUGAGUCGUCGGCGGCUCUUCUUCGUCGGGCCUCGCAGACCUCCGUCAAUGUCUUGGCCACGACUCCGCCGGCAGUCUCCCAUAUGGGGCGUCAUGCAUCGGUGGCGUCGUCGUCCUCCUCCGUCGAUAUCACUAAUCAAGGAGGGGGUCCAGGAGGGUCAGGGGCAGGAGGUGGCAUGUUCAGAAACUACGAUAUGGGUCGAGCAGCAGUGAGAGAGGCUCCAGAACAUGAUGAUGACCAUGAUGACGAGUCACAAGACCCCGACGAUCCGUUGGCCGCGGCUCCGGUGUCACGUGAUGCCGACCAGCCUGUGCCUGGGCCUUCGGCCACUUCUCGGCUCGCUACUCAUGCCAAUGACGUGACGCCUCUGGAUUCCGACAGCGACACUGCGUCGCAUCUCACCGCCUCGCCGUCUUCGACCUCGUUAGCGUCGUCGUACUACCAGCGACGACUAGAGACCGGCUCCAUUUGCUCUGAUCGGCUCCUGGACGACGAUGGAGUGGAGGACAAUGUCCACGAUUUGGCCGCGAGUGCCAGUCGGUUGUCAUUGGGGGAGUUUUGA